AUGGCAGUCUCAGCUCCGAUCAUCGAACUCCCUCAAAAUGAAACACUCACGAGUCUAAUGACGACAUUCUGCUCUGCAUCUUCCUCUCCAAAGCUGAUGCAAGACACAAUUCAUGGCUUGACAGAGGAGAUUAUGAGUGUGGCAAAGUCCCACGACGGAAGCCUUACCCAAUCUGCGACCACCAUGAUCCCAAUUCUACGCGGAGCUUUGCCAAUGUUCGUGGCCGCGCAACGAUGUCUCCCUGCUACCUCAUGCAUCUUGUCGCGCUGCAGCAAGGCAAAAGGCACCCAGAAUGUGGUGGUUGAAUGGCUAGGCCGGCGGCCGUUUCCAACGGAGCCAGAUGAUGGAAAGAUUUUGAUACUCGAUACGAUCAUUGCUACCGGCGAUACAGUUGUCAAGCUCUGUGAGGAGCUUUGGGAAAUGGGUGGACAGCAGUCCAGAUCAGUAGUGGUAUUAUGCUGCUAUGCAGCCCCUGAGGCAUUAAAGAGGGUAGCAGAGUGCCCGGUGGUUGAAUAUGUGGUUGUUGGAAAGAAAGCUGAGAAAUGUGACGAAAAAGGGUACUUGGUUCCUUAUACGAAUGGAGACAUAGGCGAUAAGAUUUAUGGAAUCCGGGAUACGGAGACGAAGACAAGGAAACCGAUGAUUGCCGAAGGAGAGGAUGUGCAGAGUGUUUUGUCGGGGGUUGAGACUUUGCUCGUUGAGAAUGGUGGAUUUUGGGAAUUGAGCGAGGAUGGUAUGGGAAUUCAACGGGAGAUGCAGUUCCCUGGGUUCAAGCAGGCAUGGAUCUUUAUGAACCAGGUCGCAGACGGUGCGGCUAAGCACCGCCAUCAUCCUGAAUGGACGAAUGUUUACAACACUGUCUCUAUCCGCUGGACUACUCACCACCCGAAAGGGCUGACGAACUUAGAUGUUACUAUGGCUCGGCUUUGUGAUAGUUUUGUGUAA